AUGGGCAGCCGAGAAAAAGACAAUGCCAAGCUCGAUGAGGUAGUUUCCUCACGUUUUUUUCCGGAGCACUCCAUAUCUUUGGCCGAACUAGAAACAAUCUGCUCUCGCAAAGUUUCUACAUUAACGUAUCCACUGGCGUCUACUUUUCAGGAGAAUGUCCCCAUAUAUGAGUUAGCAUCAUUUUCUGACUGCGAUCAGAGCAUUGUUUCCAUGCUAAAGGAUGAGUGGUAUCAUAUUCUUUCUUCCGGGCCAGGCGUUUUCGUAGUAAAAGCAAUGUACAACACAAAAGCGUACGAGGAAGUACUAAAAUCAACAAACUUAUCUUUUGAAAAAAUUUUGGAGCGAGAGAAGCGGCAUGCUAAGGAUAGCAAGGGGGAUCAUUUUGCCGCUGAUGGGUCGAACGAUCGUAUUUGGAACUCAUUUAGUAAGCAUGCUUUUGAGGAUUCAAAUUCAUUUUUUGAGUACUACUCUAAUCCCUGGUUGGCGCAUGUGUGUGAUGCUUGGCUGGGUCCAGGAUACCAGGUCACAGCCCAGGUGAAUAACGUAAAGCCUGGCAGUCAGCCACAGGAAUGUCAUCGAGAUUAUCAUCUUGGAAUCCAAAGCAGAAGCAAAUGUGUUCGCUACCCAAGAGGAUUGCAAAUUGCGAGUCAGUAUUUAACCUUACAGGGAGCAAUCGCCCACACCAACAUGCCUCUAGAGAGUGGACCUACAAGAUUUUUACCUUUUAGCCAAACCUUUGAGCGCGGUUAUAUUGCCUUCCAGCUGGAAGAGUUUCGAAACUUUUUUCUCCACAACUACGUAGCGCUACCGCUGGAAUUGGGAGACGGAGUUUUUUUUAAUCCGGCACUUUUUCACGGUGCUGGCGCGAACACCACUGAAACCUUCCUUCGUAGUGCAAACCUCCUGCAAAUCAGUAGCGCCUUCGGUAAGCCCAUGGAGACAAUUGAUUCACUUCCUAUUGUUGAGCGUUGCUGGGUACUUCUCAAAGAGAGAUACGCCAAAGAAGGUCUCAGUAGCAGGGUCUCCGCGUUUAUAAGUGCCAUAUUCAACGGAUAUCCAUAUCCAACUAAUCUUGAUAAAAGACUACCCGCUCCAAACAGUAUGAUGCCUGAAAGUGAGCAGGAUAUCGCCGUACGGGCACUUCAUGACAAUUGGUCGACCGAAAAAAUCAUGGAGUGCUUGAGGCAAAUCAAAAGCGAUUCAAAAGCCUGA